CGGAGCGAGUGCCGUGUGACAGCAGAAGGAGUACAUACAGCGAAAUGGCUACGAUUGAAUAAAAACUGGAGCAUAUCGAGUCGCCGACAUGGAGUGUGUGCCUGACCCGUAGGACUCAAACGGUGCCGAGCCCUUUGCUCCGCCUGGCCCUGGCCCCACCCAUCUGCUCCACUCCUGCCCCAACCUCACCUCUUCAUGCCAGGCUCCUCCAUCGUGGAACCGUCUACCUGGACUUUACUCACCGUGCCUGAUCGGGGAGAGGAUUAAGCCAGGGAAAAGAGCCGGCGUCACAUUCCCCGACUGCAAGGCCCCAAGGAGGGACGCAGUCCCAACGGAGGAGGGUGCUGAAGCGUAGGGACGUCCUGCAUGUAUUCAGCUUCUCGGCCACUCUGCUGAAAUCGCCGUCCCCCCCAGCGCUAAACCUAACAACGCCAAGAUGUCAGGCAGAGAGCACAGUGCCCGGCAGCGCCCCUGGUCCGUGUACCGGGCCAACACCUUCGACCUCUCUGCUGAGAUGCUGGGGCUCACGCUGGCAGGGAACAGCCAGGACCCUGAUGAACCAGUGCUGGAGUUCAGUCUUGCCUGCAGUGAGUUAACCACCCCAGCGAUGGACCGCAAGCCAAACACGUUUGUGACUGUCAGCUGCACCACGCCCCCGCAGGCCUUCUGGACCAAGCACGCCCAGACGGAGAUCAUAGAGGGCACCAGUAACCCAGUGUUUCUGAGCAGCAUCGCCUUCUUCCAGAACUCACUCAUCAACCAGCAGACGCAGAUCAAGCUGUCGGUCUACGACGUCAAGGAUCGCUCUCAGGGAACGAUGUACAUGCUGGGCUCUGCGAUGUUUCCUGUGAAGGACCUGCUGCAGGACAAGCAUCACAGGCUACACCUGGGCCUCAGAUCGGCGGAGAACGAACGGAUGGGCAACAUCACUGUCAUCGCCUGGCAAAUGGACGAGAAGGGGGACCAGAGGACCCCGGUGGCUCGACUGCCUGACACCACUAACUCCCCCCUUGUGUUUCAGAUGGUCCUGCCUGUAGAUGAAAGCCUGACGGAAUCCUUGGGAGCCCGAGCCAAACGCGCGUCGUUAUGCAAAGACACUCUGCUGAAAUCAGUGUUCGGCGGCACCAUGUCCCGGAUGUACCGCUUCCCCACCACUGAUGGCAAUCACCUGCGGGUGCUGGAGCAAAUGGCUGAGAGCGUGCUGUCCCUCAACGUCCCCCGGCAGUUUGUCAAGCUGCUCCUGGAGGAGGAUGCCGCCAGGGUCUGCGAGCUAGAGGAGCUUGGCGAGCUGUCGCCAUGCUGGGAGAACCUCAGAAGACAGAUUGUCACUCAGUACCAGACCAUAAUACUCACCUACCAGGAGACGCUUGCUGACCUGCAUGAGUACAAAGGUCCUUCCUUCAAGGCCAGCACCCUGAAGGCAGAAAGAAAACUGGAGUUCAUGCCCACCAACCUACAUGUCCAGAGGAUGAGGGUAUAUGACGAGUCAGGGUUCGAUCAUACUUAUGAUGUGGUCACCAUCGGGGCCCCGGCCGCCCACUGCCAGGGGUUCAAGAGCAACGGCCUACGGAAACUCAUUCACAAGUUCGAGGAAGCAAAGAAGAAUGCUUACGAGGAGAGUUGCGCAGUCUCCAGCUCCCAGUCCAUCGUGUUCGUCCCGCAGGACACCGUCCGUGCCAAGGAGAUCAUCGCCCAUAUCAACACGCUGAAGACCCAGGUCAGCUACUAUGCAGAACGGCUUUCCCGCGCUGCCAAGGAACGCUCCUCCAACGGCCUGGAGAGGACGCUGGCCAUCCUGGCGGAUAAGACACGUCAGCUCGUGACCGUGUGCGACUGCAAGCUCCUUGCCUCGGCCAUCCAGGCCCUGAACGCGGCCCGGCCCGAGUAUAUCGCCUCAAAAGCCUCGCCAUCCACCGUCGACGGAGACCAGGUGGUACUUCGCAACGACCAGGACACGCUGGUUGCCAAGUGGGCUGGGGGCAACAGCCGGUCCUCUCUGCACGCCAACUGGCAAGAGGAGGAGUGGGAGAAGGUGUGGCUGAAUGUGGACAAGAGCCUGGAGUGCAUCAUCCAGCGCGUGGACAAGCUGCUGCACAGGGACAGGCUGCAGAGUGACAGCAGCGAGGAUGUUUUCCUGUGCGACCAGCAAGGCAGCACCAGCAACAAGAAAGAUGGAAACCCAGGUGGCGAGGAGGCCUCCCCAGGGGAAUGGAGCGAGGCCUUGUACCCGCUGCUCGCCACACUGACCGAGUGUGUGACCAUGAUGAGCGACAAGGCCAGGAAGUCCAUGGUGUUCCUGCUGAUGCAGGACCGGGCACCCACCAUCGCGCUGGACCUCAGCCUGCAGUACCGCCGAGACGUGGUCUUCUGCCAGACGCUGACUGCCCUGAUAUGCGGCUUCAUCAUUAAACUGAGGAACUGUCUCCAUGACGAUGGCUUCUUGAGGCAGCUCUACACCAUUGGUCUCCUGGCGCAGUUCGAGAGCCUCCUGAGCACUUAUGGAGAGGAGCUAGCAAUGCUGGAGGACAUGAGCAUAGGCAUCAUGGACCUGAGGAACGUCACCUUCAAGGUGACACAGGCCACCUCCAGCUGUGGCCCCGACAUGCUGCCUGUCAUCACUGGGAACAGAGACGGCUUUAACGUCCGCAUCCCGUUGCCGGGGACCAUGUUUGACGCAUUGCCACGGGAGAUCCAGAACGGCAUGCUCCUGCGCGUGCAGCCGGUGCUCUUCAACGUGGGCAUCAACGAGCAGCAGACCCUGGCGGAGAAGUUUGGAGACACAUCUUUACAAGAAGUCGUCAAUGGGGAGAGUUUAGCUCGUCUGAAUUCCUACUACGAGCAGUUUAAAGAGGUCUUACCUGAAGACUGUCUACCUCGGUCCCGCAGCCAGACCUGUUUACCGGAGCUGCUGAGGUUUCUGGGCCAAAACGUUCAUGCCAGGAAGAACAAGAAUGUGGACAUCCUUUGGCAAGCCGCCGAGAUCUGCAGACGCCUGAACGGCGUGCGCUUCACCAGCUGCAAGAGCGCCAAGGACCGCACGGCCAUGUCUGUGACGCUGGAGCAGUGUCUGAUCCUGCAGCACGAGCACGGCAUGGCGCCGCAGGUCUUCACGCAGGCCCUCGACUGCAUGCGCAGCAUUGGGACCAGGGAGGGGGUCACCCAGAAGAACCUGAGUGGCCUGUUGCCCGUCCGGGACUUCCGGCUAGACCCCAGCCUCCUGUACUCUGUGCCUUUGCUGGCCCUCAGCCCCAACCUGCUCUUUGUCUGGUUCUUCCUGAGUGUGGCCUGUCUGCUCGCCAGGCUGCGCUACAGCUGAGGGCUCUGGGGCUCGGGCACCAGGACGGACUGCUCCGCCACAAGGCUCCCCGCUUUCUUCUUUACCGCUGCGUAGCCUCAGAGCUGCAUAGCAACCCCCCCCCCCCUCCCCCACCCCCAUUUCUGCCUUCUAGUUAAAAUGAAAACCUUUGGGGAAAUAAACACGUGUUGUUUUUCAGAGUCUGAACAGCUGACAUUCUCAUGUUACACUUUAGCUGUUCCCAGACAGCUCAGCUGAAGUGCAGCUAAAUGUAAAGGCAAUUUGCUAUUUAAAUACAUAUAUUACCUGGAUUUGCAUAAACUGAGGGUUCUAAUAAGAUUUUUACACUAGCUGUAAACAAUGUUCUUAGUCAAAGAAAACUUUUCCGUUAGGCUUUUGUGAUAGUCAUGCUUUGCAGGUCUUCCUUUCUAAUGUCAGAUUUUGUACAAUAUAAUCCAGGCCCGAUGCUAUUAAUUCCUGUUUGUUAGUUGGGACUAAGUGGCAGUUUUGUGCUUUGGGUUCGGCGAGCUCAGGUGACCCUACUGGUGUCCUGUUUACUUUUUCAAUUUAUAUCUGCUGCAGCGGCUGCUGUAGUUUUUCAAGAAUGUGUAGGAAUUAUUAUUAACCGCUAAUAGCCUUUAGGAAGAUUACACUGCGUGUUUGAUUACUAAACGUUAUAAUGGUUUAAGUUAAUUUUAAUUAAAUACAAGGGGAAGAGUUUUGUUUUUUCACAGACAUGUCGUUUUUUUAAAACACGCGAAACCACAGGAGUUAUUAAAAUUAUUUAUUUAAACCUGAAGAAUUUUUGCUUACAAACAUAACUAAACUAUGAUGCAUUAAGUGCAAACAGAAAUAAUAAAAUACUGAAAAUGUAGUGAACGUGUCAGUAUGGAGACAUAUAUCCCGAUACUUUCAAAAUAUACAUGUGUGACAGUUUUCUGUCAAAAUCGCAAUGACGUUAAUUUUAUUGGACAGUGGGACGAAGCAAAAAAAAAAUAAAAUUAUUCUGUGCUUGGGAAGCAUGUGCCAAAGAAAA